AUGUUGUCCCUCUCCGACAGCGGCAUCGUGGUGAUCUGCUACUUCUCCGCCGGUACCUACGAGGAAUACCGCGACGACGAGGCCGACUUCCCGCGGUCCGCGCUAGGUAACCGUGUUGAGUAUUACUCCGGCUCGUGGUGGAUCAACAUCAAUGACGAGGACAUCAAGCCCGUUAUGGAGGGCCGGCUAGACCUGGCUUCCGAGAAGGGGUGUGACGCGGUGGAUCCGGACUUCAUGGAGUCGUUCAGCUUCGCGGCGAACGAAACCGGGUGGAACAUCACCGCUGACGAGCAGCUGGGGUACAACAAGUGGAUAGCGGACCAGGCGCACGCGCGAAAUUUAUCGGUGGGGUUGAAGAAUGACAGGCUCCAGAUGGAGGAGUUGGAGCCAUGGUUCGACUGGGCGCUGUCCACGGACUGCUACGUUGAGGAAGACUGCGGCUCAUAUGGGCCUUUCGUUACGGCGGGAAAGGCUGUUCUUGACGCUGAGUUCGCGGUACAAGACUUGGGCCUAUGCAACGACACGCUGUGGCAUCCGAUCGACUUCAUCGUCAAGAGUUAUGAGCUGGACGAGCAGCGAUGUAGCUGCGGCUUCCCGGAGACAAACUUCGAGUGCGACGAGGUCCUCGCGGCGCACGCGUCGUCGAGCAGCAGCAGCAGCACGAGCGGGGGAACAACUUCUUACACCUCCGGAGAGGGCUCCGCGGCCGGCACCGGCGACGGCGGGGAGGGGGGAGAAGGGACCCCCACGUGGGUGAUCGUGACCGCGAUAGCGGUAGCGGUGCUUGCGGGGAUGAUGGCCUACGGCGCGGUGGUGUGGAGGAGGAGACGGGGGAAGAACGAGAAGGUGGAGGGCGUGGACGAUUUUUGUGGCUGA